GAACCCUUGGACGGCUGAGACAGCCAGUCCCUUUGAGCAAACGAAAAGCGCCAGGAGGAAGAAUAUCUUAGUGAGCAGAGAGACUGAGGAAGAAGAAGAAAAAUGGCGCUUUUUGGGGAUCUGAGGGUCACGGCGACGCUGACUUCUCACUCGACGCACUCUCUCCGAACCCUUUUGCCCAUUUCAAAGGUAGAAUUUACUAGCUUUCCAAAUGGAGGGCCUUGCAUUUCUGAGAUUAUGCCGAAGUGGCCCAGUAUGUCAUUUGAUAGACGUAAUAUUCGUCAACAUUCCAGGCGGUUGGCUGGAGAUUUUCAAUUGUCAUCGAACUCAAGUUGCCAAGAUUCCGAGAGCUUCCUCCUCAAUGCCAUCAACAUGAGUUUCUUUGACCGUUUAAACUUGGCUUGGAAGAUACUAUUCCCGUCUCCAACAUCUAGAAGGAGCUCUAAUGCUAACAUUGCCAAGCAGCGCUUGAAGAUGAUCCUAUUCUCUGACCGAUGCGCAGUUAGUGAUGAGGCUAAAAGAUUGAUUGUCAACAACAUUGUGCAUGCUCUGUCAGAUUUCGUUGAGAUAGAAUCGCGAGACAAAGUUCAGCUGAGUGUGUCUGCCGAUACUGAUGUGGGAACCAUUUACUCAGUCACAGUACCUGUAAGACGGGUUAAGCCAGAAUACCAGAUUGGAGACGAGACUGGAACGAUAACAAACAUCGAGUACAAAGAUACUGGUGACAGUUCUGGUUCUGUUGAUGUCAAAUUUGAUUUCUUCAUCCCUGACUAAAGCAACUCAUUUGGUUUCUUUGGGUUCAAGAAAUAGAUUGUUGUGUUUUGACUGAAACCAAAGAAGUUUAUGUUUUAGAUGUUUCGGAUUGGACCUGGUUCUUCUGUAUAUAUAUGAAAAAUUUGUGUAAGCCGAUUAGGAGGAAUCUUCUUCUGCUGAAUUCACGGUUUGGUUUUGUUAUGGCUCUAGUUAUACUACAUAUGUGAGUGUAUUUGAUC